UCGCAGAAGUUUCACUAUUGUUAUGGAUAUACUUUUGCUGCCUUAUUCUGCAAUCAUUCUGUGAUCUAGAUCUAGAUCUAGAUCUAUAUCAAGAUAUUUUUCAAACAUCAGUGCAGUUAUGGGUAUUAGGCCAUCGAAUCUCAGACAAAUGCUCGGGGAUCAGCCCUCCAAGGAGAGAUGUUACCCCGUUACAAGUUAUCUCCCUUUCAACAAAAACCUAUGGCCUGCUGGAGCACAUGGACUUCUGACAGACUUUCAUGUACUGCCGGAGAAAUUGCACCGUGCUGUUGAUGACUCCUCCUGGUUUUGGUGGUGCGAUGCACAGUUCGUUCCCUUCAAUGAUGGCCAUCUUUUUGCCACUGCUUCUGCAUUUCAACCUCGUGCAAUGCACCACUGGAUUUCUCAACCCCGCAUACCAAAUGGGAGAGUUCUUCUGUACAAUAUUGAAAACCCUGACAGACUUCGGUGCGAAAUCUUCAGCCGCACUAGCUGCUCGGUUUUCCCCAAGAUGCAGCCCCACCCGCUGGGCCAGCUCAUCUGCUACUGCGGCACUGGGGAAGUGGCGGUCCUGGCAUCAGAUGCUGACCCCGUCUACUCUCGCUCCCGAGACCUUACAAAUGCCGUACAUGUUUACUGUGCUGUAUCCAGUAAUGGCAUCUUCCUGGCGUGUUUGAAGAGAGGGAUGGGUGUCUUCUUCUUAGAGACCCACAUUUUGGACGUCAGUCUCAUAGGUGCUGACAGCGUACGCUGUCAUAACCUCUGCCCAGGUUUUUUGCCUUCUAAAACAAGGGCAGACAAUGUAGCAUGUAAGUUUUCCCCUGACUGGAACCUCAUUGCAGUGAGUGGUGCUGGGGGCUAUCUUUUUAUGGUGGGACGUCGCAAGAUGGACUUGGCGAUCAACGUUUGUCCUGACUUAGUGGACGAUGCUCUUUCUGCCGCUCAAGCUUUUGACUUUAACCCGUGUUUUGACUGUGAAAUUAUCACCAUUGGGACAGCCAGCAAGAAAAUACAGAUUGUUGAUAUAGAAAAAGAAGAGAUUCUUCUGUCAGUCGACACAGAAGAACAUAUAGACUGCAUAACCUACAGCACAGAUGGUACGAUUUUAGCUGUGGGCUUUCACAAUUUUGAUAUUCACAUUCUUGAGAGUGAUGAACUAACCUGUGUCCACUCAAUCCCCAUGUCGGAACUGUGCCAAGACCAAACUCAGCGUGUUUAUCCGUACUAUCCGGCUGUGCAUAACCUGAGCUUCUCCCAGAAUGCGGAGCAUCUGGUCAGCACGUCAUGUGAUGGUCACCUUCGACUUUGGAGGAUACCCAGACAGUUCUCACUUCAGGAGCUCUGCAGAGACCGCAUUUUGUCUUGUGUGCCCAUCAGGAAAGUGAAAAGACUGAAUCUUCCCCAAAAAAUCAAGAACUUUUUGGUUUACAAGUACAACUGAGGUCCUUUUUGCAAGGGGCAGCUAUGUUUGUGAUGCUGUUGUCGUUAAAAUUUUGUUGUAUUGAACACAGGUUGAAAUUGAAUGUGAUGCAGCAAGCCAAAAUAGUUUUCUUGUCAUGCAUAUUGAACUCCAGCGGUUAUGGAAAAGCUGUUUGAGACAAGAAAGGGGGAAGGGAGACAAAGUUAAUUGUUCAAUUUUUGUGCAAGGUAAAAUCAUUUCAAUUUUUAACUGAUUCAUUGAUAAGGGGGAAUAAGUUUACGCUACAUAAAGGUGAGGAAGAAGAAAUUAAAAUGUUUAUUAUCCAGGCUAGGAAGAUGUAAUUUUUACUACAGUAUUGAGAAAAGAAAGAGGAAGUUAUCCUCCUAAAGUCAUAAUGUUAAGUAGAAUACAAUGAAUCUUACAUCUAAAAAAUAUGUCGGGUCCAUCCUCCAAUUUUGUUGAAUCAAUGAAAUCAGUGUGAGACUAACAUAAAUGUUUUAGAUCAGUAAUGCUUGGGGAAUGUUUGUUCUAAUGUGUCAGGAUGCAGUGCUAUGAUAGCAAAAAAUAUCAGGUUUAUUUUUUGUGUUUGUUUCUAGUUUCCUGAUUUAACUGUGGUUUGGUGGUAAAAAAGACACAUCUUUUCUUGACACAAUUUUGAAUGUGUUUGACUGACCCUAACUAAAGCUAAGACUAAGGACUGAACUGAUAGUGAAAUACAUGCAGUCUCUGCCUUAGCUCAUACUGUGUGGGAGGACACCCUGCUCAAAUGUUUGCUUUUGGAAUAUACAGUCAAACCUCGUUAUACUGCCAGCCUUGGAAUGGGCCUGAAGUUGGCGGAACAGCGGGGCUGACGAUUCAACAGGAGUUCCUUUUUUGUAUAGCCCAGACUGCCCAAUGUCAAGGAUCAUGAUUCUGCUGUGCGAUCUAUAUUUGAAAAGUGUCUUUUACUUGGUGAUAUACAUGUACAUGCACUUGUAUUCAGAGCCAAGUGUCUUCUCUCUCUAUAUAUAUAUUUCU